CGGGUCAGGAGUUUGGACAUUCGAUACGCUACGCGUGUGCACGAAUACGUGGCCGAUUUUACGUUCUCCCGUAGCGGCCGACAUGGCAGAUUUCUUGGUUUCUCCUGACGGCAUGACUCCAACCGUUGGUGAAGAUCUUCCAAAUUCCACAGAGGCGACUCCAGUGGCAAAAGAUGGACUAGAUGUUGAAUCUCAGUGGGGUUUCUCAUUGCCAGAACUGUACAAACUUUCCUUAACUUUUUUCAAAGACAAGGAGGGAAAAGCAUUUCACCUGUCUUACAGGGACAAAGUCCAGCUGAUCGCCUACGUGAAGCAGAUCACUUGUGGCAAGUACGAUCCCACAAAUUCACCCCCAGUUGGCUAUCUUGAUGUCGUAGGCAACGACAGGAGGAGAAAAUGGCAGGAACUUGGUGAUAUGACCAAAGAGACUGCCAUGCUAGAGUUCUGUCUACAUCUGAAUGAAACCUGUACACAACUGAAACCAUACAUUGAAGCCCACAGGAGGGAGAAAGAAGAGCAAGAAAGAAGAAGGAAAGAAGAAGAAGAAAAAAGAAGAAGACAGGAAGAGGAAGAGAGAGAGAGACAACGGCUUGAAGAGGAAGAGAGGAGAAGAGCAGAGGAGGAGUUCCAGAGACAAGAGCAGGAGAGGUUACAGUUUAAAGAGGCAAUAUAUAAGCAGUUACUACCCCAGUUUGUGUGCUACGCUUGCUUUCUUUCUCACCAACAGCAACAAGUGUUGCUACAGCAAUUGCAGGAACAUUACUACCAGCAGUACCUGCAGCAGUUAGAGCAGCAACACAGGAGGAUGGAACAGCAGGGGGAUAGCCUAGUCACAGGAAGCAGUGGCGAGGUAUCAAAUGCCUCAACGACAGGCGAUCUUGAGCAGGGCCUGACUAAUUUGCAGCUGUCCAACCAGGCCCAGGCACCCAAUGGGGAUGUCAACAGAGGGGAAGAUGAGUUACCAGACCGACACUCAUUGCCUGAGAUUGCCAAGCCCAACUGCUGGACUACAGAUGACUCCCAAGAGUUCAAGGAGAAGCUGGCCAAGGACUCGGAGGGCAUGAUCCGGGUGGGGCACGGCGAGACAGUCACAGUCCGUGUCCCCACCCAUGAGGAAGGCAACUGCAUCUUCUGGGAGUUUGCCACUGACUACUGUGACAUCGGCUUCGGCCUGUACUUUGAGUGGACGGUGGCCCCCAGCAACGCCAUCAGCGUGCACGUCAGCGAUUCCAGUGAGGAGGACGAAUUGGAUGAAGACGAGGAUGGCAAGACAGACCCGGAGCGUGGCACCAAAGAGAGUGGCCCACCGAUCGAUGAGAUCAUUCCCAUCUAUCGCCGCGACAGCCACCAGAAGAAAUUCUGUGGGAGCCACAGGUAUCCAGGCCGUGGGGUCUACCUGCUCAAGUUUGACAACUCCUACUCACUGUUCCGGGCUAAAUCCCUGUAUUAUAAGGUUUACUACACGCGGGACGACCGCUAAAGAGAUUUUUAAAAACCUUUACCCUUGAAUUCAUGGGGAAAAAAUUCAGUGUGACUUUUUGAUCUGCAUGCCUGCAGAAGAAAAACAGUGACAAGAACUUAAGCCUUGCUUUGUUAUUUUUGCAUCUUUGUGACAUUUGCAUCUUUGUAAGCACAAACGCCGUAACCCUUUAAGCAAACAAGGAUACACACACACACGUCACUCCUUUCCUCUGCCCCAAUUUAGGUGUAUCCGGGCUCGAGAAAAUCCUGGAGCAUGUUUGUGAGAAGAGUUUUUGCCAGUCGAAAGAAUUAUAAAGUUUGUAUUUGGAUACAGACUUGGCGAACUUAAUCCAUCCCUCCACUAUCCUUCGCUCAACCGCUCCCCUUACUUUCUCCCAUUCAAACAUUGUAAACCAAGAACUUCCCUGUGACGUUAUUCUGAGAUACCCUUGGCGGAUUAAACUGCUGAGUUUUUUUAGGAGGAAGUGGUAUUAUUAAACUCUUCUGUGGACCAAGCUAGUUUGGUGAAUCUAGAAGUUUUCAGCACCGAUGAUGUUACAGUACACGUAGUAUUUAAGCUGUCCUCAUUGUUCUCACCAGUUAACCUACCAGUAAUGAGCGAGUAAAAUUGUGUUACUUUAAUAGUGCGCUUACCUUGCAUACCUUGUGUGGACUUGUAAACAAAAGAUGUCCACAGGAAAGGAAGACAUUCUGUGGACUUACUCAUGUCCACAGGACAUUCCCCUUCUCUGAAAAAGUUCAGGGGCAUUUGGGGGUUAAAGUCAUAUGUUGUAAAAGAAAGAGGAACAGUCAAGGGAACCUUUUACAAAAUUCCAGUUGAAAAUCAUGUUCCCAGUUCAAGAAAUAUGAAUAUUUUCACCAAGUUUUCUUAACUGCACAAUACCAAAGGAAUGCCCACACUAAUAACAUAAGUAGGGGUGCAUAGACACGUGUGAACAUUCAGCACUUAAUGAUGGCUUGCUUGCAGAUCUGUCAGUUUAGUUAAAGAGCAGUCUGGUGUCAAACUUGAAUUUGCAAAGGUGCCAUAACUACACAAGGCACACUGUCCCUCAAUAUUAAGGCUGUACAGUACUGCAAGAGAAUGUGAAAGUAAAAUGUCUUUUUUUUCCCCUUAGUAUCCAUGUUGUAUUCUGAUUUUCACACUUUCUUCAAAAUCAGUUCGCUGUCAUUUUUGUAACCAGCCCAUCAGCCUUUGAUCAGGUUUUGCUGCAUACUCUGAAAGGACAGAUAUAUUGGAGGUUUAUCUUCAACAUCUGCUGCUUUUAGAAUGAUUGAUUCCUUCGACUGUCACUUUUCUGUGGCUUAAAAUGAAGAGUGAGUUUGUAACUGAUUGUAAAUAGGGUGUACAUAGGGAUUAGGCGAUAGUUUGAUGGCGUGUGGGCAUUGUACAUGCAACCAGAAGGGGGCUUCAUCUACACAACUGGGAGCUCUAGGCAUCAUCAGAGCCCAAUUUUAUGGCACUGCUUUAUAGCAAACAGACUCGCGAGCAUAAAGCACAAUUUCUCUGCUUACUGUCAGAGAGCGCCAUAAAAUAAGCCACUUGCGAGUUAAAUUUGAAUAAAAUCUGGCACACUGUGUUAUCUGAUUGCAUAGAAACGUAACAAUUUGAAUUCCCCAGACUAAAGACACUGCUACUAUGCCUCUUAACUCGCAAAUGGCUUAUUGGCCACGGUUUGUGCUGUAGCAAGAGAAGGUUGGACGCAAAAUGGCUGUGCCAGUGUACGCCAAGGCCUGAGUGCAUUAUUGAAUAUAAUUUGUGCCCAGAAAUUCAACCAUUAAGUAUAAACAAAGACAGUUUAAUCAUUGGAUGCAAGAUCUAUGGCAGAGUAACAUGAUGCCCCCCCCCUUGUGAUGUUCGUGAUUCCUGAAUUUCAGGAAUUCUUUGGAGAUGCCUAUUAGGCUGUUUGAUUCAUUUUUUUCUCGUGUAUGUCAGGACCCCGUAUCACAAAUUGUACAUCUGUGUCACCAACCCUUAAAUAAUGAAUUAUAAGAGUGAUUCUCAAUACAUUGUUCCCCGUACUUCUAUCUCACAAACGAUCUGUGUCCAGGGAAAUAUUUCAGUGAUAACAGCUUCCAUUUUGUUGACAAGGAGACGUUUCUUAUGAAAGUAUGGAAAAGAUCCAGCGAUUUACAGCCAUUAGUGAUCGCUGUUUUAGAACUUUUCCCACAUUGUGAUCGGUCGACUCAUUCCCUCUAAUAAUGGGUUAACUGCAUCAAGAAUCACUCCUUUUUCUGUUUGGAUUUUUUAACCACAUGGAAACUAUUCACUGUGCUGCAUCUAUCACCAUCCCACGGAUCAAAGUUACUGAUUGGAUACAUAGUAAAUAGCACAUCAAUGCACAGUUACACCGGGUGAAGGAAAGACCUGCUGAAAUUGUCAGUCUAACAUGUUAAAAGUCAAUACGGUAAACUCACCCCUUGCUUUUGUUUUAAACUUUACAAGGCAACGUAAUUGCAGAAGAAUUGUAGGCAUGAAGUAUUUACACAGUUUUUAAGGUCUUUCAUUUUCUGACUGUUUUUUUAGAGGAACUAAAAAAAAUUCAAAUGAACCCUUUUAUAGGCUUUGCAUGCCGGGGAGGGUGAGUUUAGGUUCUCAUCCUUGAAGAUAUAUAUGUAGUCGUUUUGAUUUCUUUUUAAAAAUAUUGCUCGGAACAGGUAAUAGAGGAUCCAAGUGACAGUUUCAAUAUUGGUUGUUUUGAUGAACUUCAGAAGUUUCUGUAGAGCAUGUCUUUCUCUUUAAUUGCUAUAUACAAAGGCUUUUAUAACGCAUAACUGAGCGUGGGAUCCAGCAUAACUGGUUGGCCCGGCAGAAUGGGUAGAAUACAGAGGUAAAAAUAUGGACCCUUGCUCUGGAUGCUGAGAUUAAAGUUUUACCUGACGCUGAGCUCAGGGUAGGGAGUUGGACACAUAAUAUGUAUAUACCACACUGCCUUUUAACAUCCAGCCUAACCAUGGAGCAAGGACCGAUGUAACUGUCUUCUACUGCUUCGGGGUUCGAGUGAAGACAGUUCCACACCCUUCAACUUUGCUUGGGAAAAAGUCUCUCAUAAGAGAUCAGCACUGCUUGGAAUUUUCCUUUUGGCUUCGUCGUCGGAUUCCUAAAUCAAAUGGCCCGGAAAUAAUUGAGCUUGCUUGUGCAAGUAAGAUUCAACAUCGUGGUGUUAAUGUGAACGGUCAUGGAAAUGUUUGAAAAGGAUUUGAAACGUGAGUUCUGUGUAUGUAAAAUUAUAUUUUGUACAUUUUCUGUAAGACAUCAAUAGGAGAAUGUGGGAUGGAGGUCAUCAUGGAUGCGGACUAGUAGUGACGAUUUUGCUGUUUUCAAAACACUCGUUUUCUAACACCAAUAUUAUUGAAAUUGUCUAGUGUAAGAUACAUGUAUAAUGCGCGUUAUGAGUUCUCUUUUCUUUUGUUUGGGUUUAUAAAAACCAGUAUGUAACUUUAUGUCACGAUAUAAAUAUUAAAUCGUCCCAAAAGGGGGAAAAUGCCAUCAUGUUUAAAUGGAA